CGGGUUGUGGAAGUCCCUGGAGUGUCAAUGGAACUUUGUGGUGGUACACAUGUAAACAACACUUCAGAAAUUCGUGGUUUCAAAAUAAUUUCAGAGCAGGGUAUCGCAUCUGGAGUAAGGCGUAUUGAAGCUGUUGCUGGUGAUUCUUAUGUUGAAUAUGUCAAUACCCGAGAUAAUUAUAUGAAACGCCUAUGCUCCAUGCUUAAAGUGAAAGCCGAAGAUGUCACCAAUCGUGUGGAAAGCAUUCUAGAUGAGCUGAUAACGACAAGGACUCAAGUUUCAAACCUGCGCAGUCAAAUGGCAGUUCUUAAGGCAUCACUUAUUGUAAGCAAAGCUUUCAUGAUUGAGAACACAAAUAUCAGAAUUGUGGUUGAAAAUAUGGAUGACAUUGACGCUGAUGCAUUGAAGAGUGCUGCCGAAUAUCUUGUCAAUUCAUUGCAAGACCCAGCCGCUGUGGUUCUCGGUUCAUGCCCUGGAGAUGGAAAAGUUAGUUUGGUUGCUGCAUUUAGUCCCGGAGUUGUCAAGAUGGGGAUUCAAGCUGGAAAGUUUAUUGGAGGAAUAGCAAAAAUUUGCGGUGGAGGAGGUGGGGGAAGACCAAAUUUUGCUCAGGCCGGUGGAAGGAAUCCCGAUAAGUUAUUGGUAGCCCUUGAAAAGCGCUCGAGCGGAAUUAUUUGCAGCUCUUGGUGAGAAAACAAGCUGAAGUUCCCUCAUGAGCCAAAGCUUUGGCAUAAAUUUACUUGUUUUAGUAUUGUAGAGUUCAUCCAAAAUAAAUUCCCUAUUUCUAUGAUGAUUGCAAUAUUAAUUUGUAAGUUUACAAGGUGGUGUUUAUUGGAUCUUUGAGGGAAAGCUAUUAAUGAAGCAAGUUGUACAUGACCAA